GCGAGGUUCAGAGCCACCGAGGGGGAGAGAGCCCGAGUGUGUGCAUGCGUGUGCGCGUGUGAGCGCGAGCGAGCGAGCCUGCGAGGGAGAGGAGCGGGAGAGUGCGAGCGAGGAAAGAAUAAAAGGAAAGAAGAUUUUUUUCUCUAUGUAUAUAAAGAUGGCCACGUUAGCAAACGGACAGGCUGACAACGCGAGCCUCAGUACCAACGGGCUCGGCGGCAGUCCGGGCAGCGCCGGGCACAUGAACGGAUUAAGCCACAGCCCGGGGAACCCGUCGACCAUUCCCAUGAAGGACCACGAUGCCAUCAAGCUGUUCAUUGGGCAGAUCCCCCGCAACCUGGACGAGAAGGACCUCAAGCCCCUCUUCGAGGAGUUCGGCAAGAUCUACGAGCUGACGGUUCUGAAGGACAGGUUCACAGGCAUGCACAAAGGCUGCGCCUUCCUCACCUACUGCGAGCGUGAGUCAGCGCUGAAGGCCCAGAGCGCGCUGCACGAGCAGAAGACCCUGCCCGGGAUGAACCGGCCGAUCCAGGUGAAGCCUGCGGACAGCGAGAGCCGAGGAGGUAGUAGCUGCCUGCGCCAGCCCCCUUCACAAGAUAGAAAACUCUUCGUGGGCAUGCUCAACAAGCAACAGUCUGAGGACGACGUGCGCCGCCUCUUUGAGGCCUUCGGGAACAUCGAGGAGUGCACCAUCCUGCGCGGGCCGGACGGCAACAGCAAGGGGUGCGCCUUUGUGAAGUACUCUUCCCACGCCGAGGCGCAGGCCGCCAUCAACGCGCUACAUGGCAGCCAGACCAUGCCGGGAGCCUCGUCCAGUCUGGUGGUCAAGUUCGCCGACACCGACAAGGAGCGCACGAUGCGGCGAAUGCAGCAGAUGGCUGGCCAGAUGGGCAUGUUCAACCCCAUGGCCAUCCCGUUCGGGGCCUAUGGCGCCUACGCACAAGCACUGAUGCAGCAGCAAGCGGCACUAAUGGCGUCGGUCGCGCAGGGCGGCUACCUGAACCCCAUGGCUGCUUUCGCCGCCGCCCAGAUGCAGCAGAUGGCGGCCCUCAACAUGAACGGCUUGGCAGCCGCACCCAUGACCCCAACCUCAGGUGGCAGCACCCCUCCGGGCAUCACUGCACCAGCCGUGCCUAGCAUCCCGUCCCCCAUUGGGGUCAACGGCUUCACUGGCCUCCCCCCACAGGCCAAUGGGCAACCUGCUGCGGAAGCUGUGUUUGCCAAUGGCAUCCACCCCUACCCAGCGCAGAGUCCCACGGCCGCGGACCCCCUGCAGCAGGCCUACGCCGGAGUGCAGCAGUAUGCAGGUCCAGCCGCCUACCCUGCUGCCUAUGGUCAGAUAAGCCAGGCCUUCCCUCAGCCGCCUCCAAUGAUCCCCCAGCAACAGCGAGAAGGGCCCGAGGGCUGUAACCUGUUCAUCUACCAUCUGCCCCAGGAGUUUGGGGAUGCUGAGCUGAUGCAGAUGUUCCUCCCUUUCGGUAAUGUCAUCUCCUCGAAAGUGUUUGUGGAUCGGGCGACUAACCAAAGUAAAUGCUUUGAUCACCAGAGCCACCCUGUUGAGGAGUCAGGAAGAGGAAAGUGCUCCCUGCCUCAGGGAGCCUCAGGCCGGCACCCCGUGCCCUCCCGCUGCCAGGCCCCCUCCUGUCAGGGAGGACAGUGUCCAAUAAACUCCUCCGCCCGCAGGCUUCGUGAGUUUCGACAACCCGGCCAGCGCGCAGACCGCCAUCCAGGCCAUGAACGGCUUCCAGAUCGGCAUGAAGAGGCUCAAGGUGCAGCUGAAGCGGCCCAAAGACGCCAAUCGCCCGUACUGAGCGCCGGCGGGAGCGUCCCCCGGGGGAGACCAGGACUCGCACAGAGCCAGUCAAAUCCACCACAGUCUCGCGCUGAGCUAGGAAUAAAGUUCACGUAAUCACAUGAGAGUGGAGAAAACAGUCCCCCAUCCGGCAGGAUGCUGAACGGGCUACAUUAAAAAAACAAACCUCUCUCUCUCUCUAUUUAUAAAUGAGAACUGUUGGAUGAACACCUUUGACAUAUCAGCCAAUACCAAGCAAGCUGAGGACUCCAGACACUCUGUGACUGUAACAUUUCUUCAAGGGAAGUAUAGCGUCUAUGGAGUUCAGAGGGCACGUUGUUUGGGGAAAACACAUAUGACAUAAAGAAGAAGAAGAAGAAGAAGAAGAAAAAUUGAGAAUCAAAAAAACACAUACAAAAAAAAAAGGCAACUUUUCAAACAAAAUAACCUGAGACCAGACGGGGAGGCUGAAGGGCUGGGAACUGGACAGAGACGCUGCGCUGCUUACCGAUCCCCGGGGCUUUCCAGCCCGAGGGCGCCUGCGGCAGGCUGGGGCGAGCGGUGUGCGGGGGCCUGGUCCCCAGGGGGCGGCUGGGAGCCGCCACGGAGCAUCUCUAUCUGUCAUUCCUUUAGCUAUUUAGGGACCAAAGGACCAAACUUUUUAUUGCAGAUGUGUAGCUCUAUGUCACACACAGGGGGGGCGGGGGAGCACCUCCUUUCUGUCUCCUGGCUGUUCUCCAAACAGCUUAGAGCGAUUCUAUGAAAAAUAUUAAGAAAAAAAUUAAAAAAAAAAACCCACAAAAAACUACAAAAACACACAAAAAAAGGAAAAAAAUAAUGCUUACAUGCUUUUAAAACAGCAAGAUAAUAGUUCUUUGAUACUUCGAGAGGCGCUUUGAUUACCCUCAUUCAAGUCUUAGACACUUUCCUAUGGUUUUCUGUAUUAUAUGUCUGGACGGAGCUGUUAAGAGGAACACAUUGGUGGAUAUUUGGGAAAAGCAACAAAAAUAUUAAAGCUCCUUAGCUGUAAAGUGUGAGAAAAACGAGGGGAAAAAAAGGGACUCACAAGGCAAGAGAAUCGUUGUGAAAAGUCUGUAAAUGCUUCUAACUUUUCCCCCUCUUACAAACAUAAUAGUUGUACAGAAUUUUAAAAAAGGAGAAGUUUAAAAUACCUAUAUAAUAGAAGAAAAAAAUUAGAGGAAAGCAACAAAUAAAAAAAAUAAUAAAAAAGGAAAAAAAAACUUAUAGAAGUUAGCAUUACUGCUAAAAUCCCAGAUGUUGUAGGACUGUACUUUUUGUAGAGUUUAGACUGAGCAUCAAUCCCUUCUCCCUGCGAGUGAGUGCUGUCGGAUGACGACACCGUUGACCCCGAGGGCCAGGCCAAUGGCCCCAGACCUGCGGGCUCCUGGCUGCCCACUGCCCAGAGGCCGCAUCAGGGCAGCAAGGCCAGCCGCCCUCACCUCGCUUCGCCGGAGCUGUGUGCUCGCUCGCCGCCCUCCGAAAGCCCUGGACCUCCGCUUCACUCGCCUUCCAUGCUUGCUCCAGAGACUUUCCGGGCAAGGGGACCUGGGAACUUUCAUCUUAAGACAACUAGACAAUACACACACACACACGUACACACACACACACACAACCUUAAACAAGAGAGAGAAAAAACAAUCUUUGAAGAAUUUCUGAAACUGUUUACAAGGAAUUUUGAAAAACAGGGAUGUUUAAAUGAUGCCGGCUCUGUUUUUCUGUAAAUAAAUUUGCAUAUUUUGUAGGACUUUUAAUUGUAAUGAUAGAGAAAAAAAAACAAGGAAAACUAUUUAAUGAAAGCACGAUAUUUAUCUUUGGUAAAUGACUUUAGAGCAGUUAAAGACAUUGCUUAAAAAAAAACUCAGAAUCAGAAAAACACUGAUUUAUUUAAGAACGCGUAUAUUUUAAAGUAUGACAUAUUUAUUAUAAUUUAUUUGCGCCGUUGGGAAGACUUGCUUUGGCAUUUGCCCUGUGGCCCUCCCCAUUGGCCGAUGCCAGGUCAGCGUGAGGCCAGGGGGCGUGCGGACCUGCCAUGUUUUUCCUGUUUUGUUUUAGCUGGUUCCUCUCGGACCUCCUGCCUUUCCUUUUUCUUUUAUUUUGUUGGUUAAUUAUUCUUUUUAAACUCUUCUUUUUCUUUCUCUCGGCUCCUCCUUUUAGGAUGUCCAGAGGUUGUAAACAAAUCAAAACAAAACCGCUGCAGUUCAGUACAACUGCUCUUUUCACACUCAACUCCCUAAAACUCCUUGUAACCUUCUGUAACUAUUGGAUGACGCUUUCUCCAGCUUAGCCCUAAAUAAAGCACAGUUUAAAAAAAAA